AUGGGCGUGACAAAGGAGGUCAAGAAGGCCGGAGAUGGCAAGACCUUUCCCAAAGCAGGGGACCUGCUUAGGAUGCACUACACCGGAAGAUUUGCCAGCAGCGGACAGGUCUUCGAUUCCUCUCAGGGCAAGGAGCCCCUCGAGUUCACAGCUGGUAUUGGACAGGUGAUUCGAGGUUGGGAUGAGGGCGUUAUGCAAAUGUCCAAAGGCGAGAAGGCCAUCUUGCUCAUUACAUCUGACUUCGCGUAUGGACGAGCUGGAAUGCGGGGAGUGAUCCCACCGAACGCUAACUUGGUGUUUGAGGUGGAGCUGCUGGACAUCAACCCGACUGAGAAGUACCACCCCAAGGACGCGAUGGACCAUGCUUUGAGCUGUGUUUGUUAUGCAGGUGUUGCCAUCCUCGCUCUGAAAGUCUGCGGCUGCGUUUGA